UCUUGAUCUCGUAACCACGCCCGAGUGGCCUCCAUCUUCGACUUAAGAGACAUAACAUAUCCCGAAAAUUCUAUUUAAAAAAAGAGAAAAAAAAAAUAUGCACGAAGACAGCAACCCGAGAAACAAGAGGAAGAACAAGGGCUCUGCAAAGAACGGGGAAGGCAAUAACAAGGAUGUUGAAAAGCAGCAGGACACUUCUGCAAAGCCAUGGGAGGAGGGAUCAUCCGACUUGCUUAACUCAAGUGUCAUGCCCAAGUCGACCGAGGAGACAGUUACGGAGAAUCAGACCCACAUGAGUGAAGAUGGGAGCGCCUCCAAUGAUGGUAAAAAAAAUGACUCCAGUAACCAGCGACAAGCAGUGUCCCUAUAUGGAGAAAAGGAGGACUUUCGCAGUAUGGCCAAAUCACCCCCCGAUGCACUCCAAUCGAAAGAACGGUUCGACGCUCUUGUACGGGAUCGGGACUCACUACGUGCUGAGGUGACGGACAUGCGGAGGUCUUUAGAAGAAAUACAAUCUAAGCAUCGAGCGGGCAUGGAAGCUCUACAGUACAAACUGAAUGAUGCCGAGGGCAAAAAGGAACACGCAGAAUCACAGUUCCAGAAGCUAUUGGAGCGCGUCAAUACGAUCAAGUCGCAGCUAGGUGAAAGACUCAAGGAAGAUGCUGAGGAACUUGCUCAAGCUAGAUUGAAAAUAGAGGAGCUGGAAGAACAGAACUCAGCGUUGAAAGAGAAUUUUCAGGUGAAGUGCUCUGAGCUGGCAGAGCUCUCGGAAGCGAAUGAACACAAGUCGAACGAGAUCUCAACAUUACGGGACCGGACGAACCUGUCACAGCAGAACUGGCUGAAGGAGAAGGAGGAACUACUUGAGCAACAAUCAUAUCUUCAAUCCGAAUUCGAGCAAGCUAAGGAGGCCAUGCACAAUUGGGAAGUUCUUGCUAUGGAAGAGCGGUCUAUCAGGGAAACCCUAGGCGAGAAAGUCGUAGACCUUGAGGAGCAGCUUGCUAGCCUCAAAGAUGCCUAUGAAAGAACAUCCAAUGAGCGCGAUUCUCAGUUAGCCGCUAUGGACGGGUUACAGCGAGCCCUGCAGGAAAUCCAGACAGCUCGCAGAAAAGAACUUCGUGAGCUCGUGGAGAGCUCGAACGCUCAACUUGAAGAGCUAAAACAGGCUCUUCAUUCUGCAGAGAAAAAGGCGUUGGAUGCUGAUACAGUUCUCCGAAGUGCUCAGAAAGAACUGGAGCGAGUGAGGCCGUUUGAGAAAGAAGUAAAGGAAAAGAACCUCCUCAUUGGCAAACUCAGACACGAGGCGGUGACGCUGAACGAUCACUUGACUAAGGCCUUGAGGUUUCUCAAGAAAGGGAAGCCCGAGGACAAUGUUGACAGGCAUAUUGUUACAAACCACUUUCUGCAUUUUCUUACUCUUGAUCGGUCAGACCCAAAAAAAUUUCAGAUAUUGCAACUUAUUGCAGCUCUUCUAGGUUGGACAGAUGAACAGCGUGAACAGGCCGGUCUAGCACGCCCAGGAACCUCAAGUACCUCUAACAAGCUUAGAGUUCCAAGUACACCUAUCCAUCAUACCCCUAGCACCCCAACGCUGGCUACUGAAUUCUUAGAUAAUGGGAACUCAAACAAGGAGUCGCUGGCGGAGCUGUGGUCCAACUUUCUCGAGCAGGAAUCUCAGGCUGCGCAGGAAUAUACACAACCAAAGCCUUGAAAGCUGUAGGUAUCUAGAAGACAGCCGACACACAUCCGUUGCUGCUCACAUAUACUGUGUCAAGGGCUUGUUAGUAUAGUCCUCCGUGAGCUAUAUGAUAAGCAGGACCUUAUCAGAACUUGUACUUCUAAUUUUUUUGUUUAUGACCGAAUUUACAUGCAACUGAAUGAAAGCAGUCGGUUCCUGUUUGUGGUGUUUGCCGUAGUUCUGUGGUCACCGCCUUUACAUAAUUUAUCUGAGUAAAAAUGCGGCAGUUCUUGAGGUGUCUCCUAGGCUUCGUUUCCAGCUUUUCCUGUCUAUGCAAGGCGUUUUAAAGUCUCGUUUAACCUUGCAUUCUUAUAGUGGACGUUUCCAGUUGU